UAUCUACCUGUAGACUUCCCCAUUACUCCGUUCUUUUCUUCUUGGGGGUGCUUUUCUUGCGUCGGCGGAUGUAGAAUAUGCAUUAUCAAUGCCACACGCAACUUUCCAAGUACUGAUUCCUUUCCUCUCUUCUUUGCAACUCGCAGGCAUAUAUGUUCACAGCUUGUUAACGCAUCAGAAGUGAAUUCUCAAGUCAUUCUCUAUCAUAAUCUCCACUGAUCACAGUCUGAGCAGUGCAAUACCAAUGGCCGAGUCUGUUGUUUCGUCUGUGGGGCAGACAAUAGGAAAGCUGCUCGUCGACGAGGCCAAAUUCUUGUGGGGCGUGGAGGGCAAGGUCAAGGACCUGCAAAAGGAGCUGAAGCUGAUCCAGUGCUUGCUGAGGGAUGCGGACGCGAAACAAGAGCAUAACCAAGCUGUUCGAGAAUGCGUCGCGCAACUCCGAGACGUCGCCUAUGAUGCUGAGGACGUCAUCGAGCAAUAAUACAUCCUCAGAGUCGCGCCGAAGGGACAAAACAUCAACAAAGCGUAUGCUAGCUUCAUGAGGAAGUGCGCCUGCGUGCAAGCUCAUGUGGUGGGGAUAAAGAUUGAUGGCUUAAGAUCCAGCAUCUCCAAUCUUAGAACGAGUAUGCGGGAUUAUGGCAUACAGCCUCUGAAUGAGGGCGAGCACAAACACGCGAGAGCUUCGACGCGGAAACUGACUUAUGCCCAUUUCGAGGAGGAGGAUUUUGUCAGAAGGGAAGAUAGUAUCAAGGUGUUGGUGAAAGAACUGUUGAAGGAUGGAGAACAACACAGAGUUAUUUCCAUCUGUGGAAUGGGUGGUUUGGGUAAAACCAUGCUCGCUAAGAAAGUCUUUGCUCGUGACGAAGUGAAGAACCAUUUCGAUAGUUUUGCUUGGGCUUGUGUAUCUCAAGAGUAUAACAUAGAAAAUAUCUUGGUAGAAAUUCUUGUUCAAUUGAUCCCUGAUCAAAGAAAGGAGAUUAAGGAGAUGAUAGUUCACGAAUUGUUUGAAACUCUAUACAAGAUCCAACAAAAGAAGAGAUGUAUCAUGGUUCUUGAUGGAAUUUGGACCAAUGAGACAUGGGAUGGUCUUCGAGAUGCAUUCCCGAUCAAGGACACGAGAAGCAAGCUAUUGAUAACAACCCGCAAUAAAGAAGUAGCGGAGCAUAUCGAUCCCCAUUGUUUUCUCCAUGAACCUCAGUGCUUAUCGCAUGAGGAGAGCUGGGAUUUGCUAAAGAAGAAGGCAUUCCCUGAAACAAAAGGUAAGACUUCUCUGAAGUUAUUGACCUAACAUAUAGUGGCUUCAAAGGAUUAUAUUGCCUGUUUGAUUCUAAUUUAUGGUGCUUCUAUAAUUAUUGUCGGAUUAGCUAUUGAACUUUCUUCUGUUGGACUUGGAGUUGGUCGAGGUAUUGUUGCAGGUCAAGUUGUAGAAGGUAUUGCAAGACAAUCAAAGAUGGAGGGACAAAUACCAGAAAUCACUGAAGACAAGAAGAAGUUAGGAGAUGAACUCCUUAAGAAGUGUGGGGGAUUACCUUUGGCUGUUAUUGUGCUUGGUGGACUUUUGGCGGUCAACAAGUUGGAGAUGGUUUACAGAAACAUCAAUUUGCAUUUUGAUGAUAAGAGUGAUGUAUUAAAAGCGCUGGCCUUAAGCUAUGAUGAUCUACCAUGGCGUCUAAAGCCAUGCUUCCUCUAUUGGUUAGCUUUCCGGAGGAUGUGGAAAUCCCUGUAAAGAGAGUCCUUCACAUGUGGAUUGCCGAAGGCUUUGUGCCGUUCGAUUCAUCUGACGAAGAGAGAGAAACUACAAUCGAAAAUGUAGCGGAGCAAUAUUUAAUGGAGUUAGUUAAGAGGGAAUUGGUCCAAGUACGACUCAACUCGAGUGGAAAUAUCAAAACCUGUCGCCUCCAUGACCUGAUGCGAGACUUAUGUGUCCUCAAGGCUAGGCAAGAGAAGUUUCUAAGCUUUCAUAACAUUCAACGGGACAAUGAAAGUGAUGGUAGUUCUUCUUCGAUGGCAACAGAAGUUGAGUCAACUUGCGAGACACGGAGGCUUUCUCUUUAUAUGCGCGAGAUUGGUGAAGGAAAGGUGACUCCGAGGUUGGAACAAAUAAGGACUAUGCCCCACGUUCGAACUCUUAUGUUCUUACAGUAUGGGAAAACUACCAAAUGGAUGUGGCAGCAAGUUCAACCUAUUUUCAUCAACCGUAAGUUUCUCAGAGUUCUGAAGCUAGACAAUCUUGAUGGGGUGGUAGGAAGUCUACCUAAAUCAGUGGGAGACCUAGUCCAUUUAAGAUUCCUAAGUUUAGUAAGUAGUAGGUUUACAGGCUUGCCGCAAUCUAUGGGGAACCUUGUAUGUAUGGAAUUCUUGGACCUAUUCACAGGUAGAUAUGUUUGGGUUUCCAUGCCAAAUGUGUUGUGGAAGAUGAGAAGGUUGAGGUAUCUCCGUCUUCCUUACGACUUUGAUGUCAAGAAGAAAUGCCAUGGGGCCCGGAAGAAGUUGCAAAUGGGUACUUUAAAGAAUUUACGGACAUUGACGAAGAAAUGUGAUGUGAACGAUGUGGGCAAGCUUACCAAUCUGCAAAAACUGACUGUCAAUGAAAGGAAUGAAUCUAUCGAGUGGGAGAUAUUUUCGCAACUUACUAAAUUCAAGUUGAAACAUCUUCGAUCCUUGUUUUUUUUGUUUAGGUAAAUUUUUUUGUUUAUGGACUGAAGGUGAAUUGAGUAAAAUGUCAAAUUAUGGCUAUUCAUGUAAACUGUUCUUAGUAGGGACAAUAGAGAAGUUACCGAAACAUGAGAGUAUACCCCAUCAAUUGAGGAAGCUGGUCUUACUAGAUUCCAAUCUCAAAGAAGAUCCGAUGCCAAUAUUGGAGAAAUUGAAAAACUUGGUUGUUCUCAUGCUAGGAUGUUGUGCUUUCAAGGGAAAGAAAAUGGUUUGCUCUGCAGGAGGCUUUCCUCAACUCAAGCAUUUACUUUUUUAUUUAUUACUUGAUUUGGAGGAGUGGAGGGCCGCUGAAGGAGCCGUGCCUCAUCUUUCUCGAGUAGGGAUCUACACCUGUCCCAAAUUGAGCGUGAUAUCUUCACAUGUCUCUAGAUAUGGCGGUACGGACGAAAUAUUCAAGGAGAUCCAUAAGUGCGGCAGGUGACAGAGGGAUAAUGAUGUGGGUGGCCAAGGGUGGCCCCAGCAGUCCGGUGACAGAGGAGGGAGGGGCGCGUGAGCUUGUGGGUUGUCAGGCCCCCAGAAUAAAUAGAGAGUAUUGUAUUAUGGCUUAUUCCUUGACAAAUUAGUUUCCAUGUCAAGUCUUUCCAUCAUAAAUCGUCAUUCGUUUCGUUUUCCCUCUCAUCCUUGAGGACUUCCCAAUCAGUGGGGGUGGGAACUGGAAUCUGUUGUUUCUCCAGCGACUUUGCUCAUGGGAGAAUGCAAAGUUCUCGCGAGCACCGUGAGGAGGAGGAGGAGGAGCGAAUUCGUUGCUUCUCUAAAAGACGCUGGAUGGGGGAGGCAUCUGAAGAAAUAAGAGCCGUUGCUUGUCGUGGCGUUAGAAGACAAUCAUCGUUGGAAGCUGCUGCCUUGGAGAGGGGAGGAAAGGAGAGGAGAUCCGAUCAUUUCCAUAGUGCUGGUCGGGUGUUUGACGAAAUGCGAAUGUGGAGUAGGAACUCGGGUACAUUAAUCGGAAAUGGGCGUGUUCCUUUCGGCUUGUGCAAUUGAUUUCUUUGUAUAUAGACAAACGAUGACGAGAAAUACAACCGUGCAUUUUGCAUCUCCCAGUCUCCUACAUUUUUUUGUUUUUGUUUUUAUCAGUAUCCCUGUCUCCUACAUGUAAAGGCUGCAAGAUAUAAUUUAAAGAUUCUUUCGUGUGUGCUCACAUUAGUCUUUCCCUUUGAACGACGUUGAUGAAAUUGCUGGAUGUAGCGAGAAAGCAUAUGAUUAUUUGUCAAAUUGGUGACACACGGCAAA